AUGGCGAGCCUCCCCUCGCAGCACCCCUCCCUGGCCCUACACAUGACGGACCGGGCCACCACUCCCCUGAUAUCGUCUUCCUCCUCCUCCUCCUCCUCCUCCUCACAAACCCAGGCACAACAACAACAACAACAACACCAACCACCACGCCAAAAACAAACGAAACGCCCCACAACCUUCUCGACCUCCCCGCCCUCGACGCCCUCCUCGCCCACCUCCACCACCACCUCCUCCUCCCCCUCCACAGUCGACGAGCCCCCCUCGCCCGCCUCGCAGCAGGCCUCGGCCCUGACGAGCCUGUCGGCGACGGCCCUGCUCUCCUACGACGCCGCCAAGCGCCUCGACCGCGGCGCCCCGCUGCGCACAAUGGUCGAGUACGCCGACGGCGGGCCCGUCGUCCUGCACAGCUACAUGUGCCCCAUGGGGCUGGCGCUGGGCGUGCCGGGCCGGAACCUGAGCUCCGCGAGCCUGCACACGGCGGCGGGCGCGGCGGGGGGCUCGGCGGCGGGGUCCGUCAACGGCGGGGACGACGAUGACGACGGGGGAGGACGGGGCUCAGAGGCGACGGCGGCUUCCAGGGCAGGGAGUGGUGGUGCCGGGCGGGAGGGCAGCAGCGAGCAGCACAGGAGCAGGUCGACGGGGAGGGGGACGGGGACGGCGGCGACGCCCACGCGGCCGCUCUCGUUCGCGCUGGACCCGGCGGCGGCGGGCGGAGGCGACGACGAGGGCAUCGACCCGAGCGACCCGCCCAUGCUGACCAGCACCGUCGUGGCGCCGCGGGCCGAGGACCUGCGCGAGGCGAGGAGGGCGACCGCGAGGCUGGAGAGGGUCGCCAGGGUGUUCCAGUCGGAAUGGAUCGCCACGGGCCGUGGCGGCGGAGCGGGGAACUUGCGGUAA